AUGAAGAAUUCACCAUUAAUAUUCCUGAAACUGAGUUGGAAAUUGCAACCUAAAAAAACUUCAUAAAAUAUAGCUCAUUAUAAAUAUCCAAAGAUUUCAAAGACCAUAGGGGAAUUCUAGAUGAAUGUUGAUGAGUGUAGCUUUUCAAACUCUGAAAUUAUUGUUAUGCUUGGUUAAAAUGAUACCGGAAAAACCACGCUUAUCAAAUUGCUUGCUGGUAUUAUAAAGCCUGAUCAAGUUGGUGCUUAAAUCCCUAAAUUAAGCUUCAGUUAUAAACCACAACAAUUAUCACCAAAGUACGGAGGAACUCUUCUCGGUAUUGAUUAAAUGCUAGAUAAAAAUGUUUAAAUUUUAUCAGGUGGAGAAUUACAGCGUGUUGCCAUAGCAUUAGCAUUAGCCAAACAUAGUGAUAUUUAUCUUAUAGAUGAACCUUCUGCUUAUCUCGAUUCAGAAUAGAGAGCUAAUUUAUGUAUGAGGGAAAAUUUGACUUUAAAAUAUUUUCUUCUGAGAAGUCUACAGGAAAUGGUUCGAUUCUUAGACACUUGUUUAGAUUAUCCGAAAACUUCGUACUCAUGUGAUUUCUUAAGCCUUUAAGGUCAUAUUCAUGCAAUAAAGUUACCAAGUCUCAGAUUUAUAUUUGUCAAAGAUGAAUAAAUGGCAAUUUUUAAGAACUGUAAACUUAAGAUGAUUAAAAUACAAAAAUGGCAACUGUAAACGAUGCAAAUGCAAUAAAUCAAAUAAGGUAGACACAGUUAAAAGUAUGCAUGUUGA